AAAAAAGUUCAGAAGGUGCUGCAGAGGCGAAGAGGACGUCGCGAGGUCAAGGAAAUCGCAUUCACACCCCUCUUUCGCGCGACUCUGGGGCCGAUCACACCGGAACCAUGGAUAUCCACCGGUGCCGAUUUGUUCGCUACCCUGCCUCAGCCAUCAAUGCCGUCGCGUUCACUCACUCGUUCCUUCCGCCCGUCUCUUCGCACAAGAAGCACCUCCAGAAACACAUCCAGGUGCGCCUGGCUAUCGGCCGGGCCAAUGGCGAUAUUGAGAUUUGGAACCCGCUCAACGGCGUGUGGCAUCAGGAGAUCGUCAUCCCCGGCGGCAAAGACAGAAGCGUCGACGGCCUAGUUUGGGUUACUGACCCUGACGAGGAGACGGCCGACGGCAAGAUCAUACACGGCAGGUCGCGCCUUUUCAGCAUUGGCUACACCACCACGAUUACCGAAUGGGACCUAGAACAGGCCAAAGCAAAAAAGCACGCAAGCGGUCAGCAUGGAGAGAUUUGGUGUCUCGGUGUUCAACCCCUGUCAAAGAAGAGGCCCGCUGCCUCCGACAGCCGAAGGCUGGUGGCCGGCACCGUGGAUGGCAACCUGGUACUUUACUCGAUCGAGGACGGCGGACUGCAGUUUCAGUCGACGCUCGUCAGGACUCCGUCAAAGAAGCUCAAGUUCGUCAGCAUGGCCUUCCAGUCGCACAAUGUCGUCGUCGUCGGCUGCUCCAACAGCACCAUAUGCGCCUACGAUAUCCGGAACGGCACCUUACUGAGACAAAUGACUCUCGGCACUGAUCUCUCCGGGGGCUCCAAAAACAUUAUCGUGUGGUCGGUCAAGUGUCUCCCCAACGGGGACAUCGUGUCGGGCGACUCGACGGGACAGGUGUGCAUCUGGGACGGCAAGACAUAUACCCAAGCGCAGCGGAUUCAAAGCCACUCUCAAGACGUUCUUUGUCUAUCCGUCAGCGCAGACGGCUCCAAGAUCAUUUCGGGCGGCAUGGAUAGGCGUACGGCUGUCUACGAGCCAGUUGCUGGGCAGAGCGGACGGUGGUCAAAGGUCUUCCACCGCAGGUAUCAUCAGCACGACGUCAAGGCGAUGGCCUCUUUCGAGGGCAAAGGAAUGAGUGUGGUGGUCUCUGGUGGCUCCGACGCGAACCCUGUGGUCCUCCCCCUUCGCGCGGCAGGCAGGGAGUACCAUAGAACGCUACCGCACCUCCCGCAAAACCCCACUCUACAGAGCGCUCCCAAAGCCCGCCUCAUCCUCAGUUGGUGGGAAAAUCAGAUUCGGAUUUGGCACCUGCUCAGUCCUGCCGUACAGCUGCUCGAUGAUCCCGAGGCCGCGACUAGCUUGCGCAAGAACCGGAAAUUCCUCGCCCAGAUCCUAGUGAAGGGAGACUCUCACAUAACGUCGGCCGCGAUCAGCGAAGAUGGAACUCUUCUUGCUGCCGCGACUGGCUCCGAUGUCAAGGUGUUCCAGCUCGACCUGCCAAAUCGAGAGGCCAAGGAGGAACUUCACAUCAAAAAGGUGGACUCAAACAUUACAGGCGCAGCCGUCACAAAGGUCCAUAUCUCCCCUGACAAGCAGUGGAUAUCUUGGGUCGAGCAGGGAAACAGGGUCAUGAUUGUUAGGGUGCGUACAACUGAAUCGGCAUCCGGCAUCUCCUAUUCGCUUUCUCGCCCACAUAAAUUGCACCGAUUACGACGACAGACACCUAAGCAUUUACUCCUUGGCGGUCUGGGGGCCUACGACCGGAACAUUACUCAGAUGGCCUUCUCCCCUGACGGCAGGAUUCUUGGCGUUGCCGACUUGGCAGGGUACAUCGACACCUGGGUGUUACGCGUCCCCGGGAAGCCGGUAAAUGGUACGGGUGGCGAGGAUGACGACGAAGCGUCCAGCGGAUCCUCCGGCGAUUCGACGGACGAAGAAUCGGAAAACAUGGCGGGCGAGCGUUGGGUCCGCAACCCGAAAGCCGCCCUCCUUCCUAAACUGUCGGCCGCGCCAGUGGUCCUGUCAUUUUCCAAUAUCCAGCGAGAAGGCGGCGACUAUGACCUCUUAGUCAUCACCACGCUGAAGCAGCUCUACAUCUUCAACCCUCUGGAAGGGGUUCUUUCCGAGUGGUCGCGCCGGAACACAUACCCAAAGCUCCCGGAGCAGUUUAGGGACACACGAGACCAGGUCAAGGGUGUCGUAUGGCAAGGCCAUAGAGCAUGGAUCUACGGCGUCUCCUUUGUGUUCAUGUUGGACCUCUCUCAGGACCUGGACCCGGAAAAGGACGCGAUAGAGGGCAGGAAAGGACGGAAACAAGGGACCAAGCGAAAGCGUGACGGGCAAGAGAGCGGCGCGGGAGGGAAGAUGGAAAAGCACUCGCUCGCCCCGCAGCGCAUCAGAACCGCUAUGGACCCCAACGGGGAGGAGUGGGAGGAUGUGCAGAUGAUUGAUGCCGAAGACCAGAAGAGCGCCGCAGGCGCGAGCAGCGGGGCCGACGACGAGGAUGACGAAGAGAUGGAUGGCGGUGAGUUGCAGCGCCUGAGGGAGGAUCAGGGCGCCGACAGCGCACUGCAGCAUGCCGACAGACAGGGAACCACGAGAGCGAAUUGGUGGCGUACGUACCAGUUCCGGCCCAUAUUGGGCAUGGUGCCCCUCGGGGACUCGCAAGAGAAGGAGACGGGUGGCCGCGGGCGUGACGGGCUUCCUCCGCCUCUUGAGGUUGCCCUUGUCGAGCGGCCACUUUCCGGCGAGGAUUUGCCGGAACGCUAUUUCGCGGAGAACGAGUGGGAGAGGUGAAAUGUGGAGAGGACAUGAGGGGCGGCUUGCAGUAGACCCUUUCCCUUGCCCCCGAUGGCUUGAUAUCUGGGAUAGGUCUGUGUGUACAUACGCAUCUACGACAGGUUAUUGGAGCUUGUAAGGACAAAUUGGAUGGUGAUCUCGACGGGUUAGAUCGUGGUCAAGUUGCGUUGUGGAACACCGCUGUCGAGCUCAAGGCAGAGAGAGCGUCCAGAGUUCGGCCGUCCGAAACGCAAAUGACCUUGAUAAUGUCUGCGCGGUUGACUCUUCCCCUUGCUCGCAGCCCUCCUCCUUUGAGCUUCCCUCCCGCGUGGCGGUUCUGGCUCGCUACACUGAGGGGGCGAUAGGUUGGGCAUACUAGCUGCAUAUGCCGUCUGUCGAUAACUCCUUCUCGAGCCAGCUAUUGCUGCUCAGCCGAGUCCUCCAUCCUGAGCUCUCUUUGCCAGCAACGC